AUGUCAAGCACGUGGCCCCCAGAGUCACUGGGAAAGGACAGUGGCACUGAAGGGUUGAUCAUUCAGUGGGCAACAGAGGCGGCCGUCUUCGACGCCGUGCUGGUGUGCAGUGGGCACCACACCAACGCUCAUCUCCCGCUCGGCUCCUUCCCAGGAAUUGAGAAGUUCAAGGGCCGCUACCUCCACAGCCGAGACUACAAGGAUGCUCAGGCUUUCAGAGACAAAAGGGUUGUUGUCAUCGGGAUUGGGAAUUCGGGGUCAGACCUGGCUGUGGAGAUCAGCCAAACAGCCCAGCAGGUGUUCCUCAGCACCCGCAGGGGUGCGUGGAUCUUCAACCGCGUUGGAGAUCAGGGCUACCCCAUCGACACCAUCUUAACCACCCGCCUGAAGACGUUCCUGCAGGGGCUGCUCAGCUCCUCCAUCACGUGUGACUUCAUGGAGAAGAAGCUGAAUGCCAGGUUCGAUCACUCACGUUACGGCCUCAAGCCGAAGCACAGGGUCUUU